AUGACCGUCUCUCAAACAAUUACACUACAAGUCCCUGCAAAAAUCAAUCCCCAAAUUCGCGUGGGACCCCUCCGAAAAGAUGGAUACCACGAUAUCACAUUAGCCUACCAAGCUAUAUCGCUCUAUGAUGUCCUGACGAUUUCUCCAAAUCCUGAGGGCCCGACAAUCAACGUCACCGGCAUAGACAGCGAUCGCGUUCCGGCCGAUAGUCGAAACCUAGUCGUGAAAGCAGCAGCUCUUCUCGGUAGCCAUCUUGGCGUGCAGCCAAAGUUGCAUUUCGAACUUGCCAAAUCCAUUCCAUCAGAAGCUGGUCUUGGGGGUGGAAGUGGUGAUGCCGCUGCGGGGCUGGUGGGGUGUAAUAUCCUAUGGGGAUCCAAGCUCAACAACGACGAUCUCAUGACACUGGGAGCUCAGAUCGGGGAAGAUGUGCCAUUCUUUCUCGUGGGUAUGAUGGCGCUGGGACUGGGUCAUAAACAGCCACUCAUCAGCCUGGACGUAGCGGAUCACACGUGGAUCUGGGUGUUGGGGGUCCCCUUCCGUGGUCUGUCAACAAAGACAGUCUUUCAGGAAUUCGAUAAUGGGUUGACUGGUUCUUUACCGGAAGAAGAGGAGGAAUAUGCAUGGAGAAGGCAAGAAUGUAUUGAUCUCGCUUGGGGAACCACCUCGCCGAUGGACUUGUUGCCUGCUCUUGUCAAUGAUCUUGAGCCACCCUCUAUACGACUAUUGCCUGAUAUAGGUCUUGCACUUCAGGCGGGAAGAUCGCAUGGUGCAGUAACAAGUCUAAUGAGUGGUUCAGGAUCGACGUGCGCAUUUUUGGCAAAGGAUGAAGCUCAUGCAAUAUACCUGCAAACGGAAUUACAGAAGGAGAAGUUCUUCAGGAAAGUGCUGAUCGCCUCAGGUCCUGUUGAUGGAGUUCGGAUCCUCUAG